CCAGUCGCUCAGUGCAGAGUGAGCGAGGUGGAGAGAGGAGUGUGUUCUGUGCUCUCACUGCCUUGCUGGAUACACUGGCUGACCCCUUCCUUAACCUGUACCCUCCGGUAUCCUGGACGUUGUUCUGUUUCGUCAUAUACACACACACACACACAUACACACCAGUCAUUUCACCGGCAGCAAGGGGCAUCACUGUAACCCAUCAGUUGCUGUGGUCAGUUGUUGGUCAGGCCUGCUGAUCUGAAUUCCCUCUACUGGUGGAGUAAUCUCUUCUUCAUUAUUGGGAUUGUAACAGCUGGAUUAUUCAUGCACAUCUGGAUGAGGCUGGGACCCCCUGUUAGUUCAGAUCGGACCUGAGCGACGGAUUUCUCCGGUUCGGACCUUGAAUCUCGUAGAGGUGGAAAACGUGGCAGUGGAUUUUUGCACCUGGUCCAGGUUCCUGUGUUUGAUUGAUAGGCUCGUUGAAGGGAGGCCCCUCCCCCUUUGGAGAAUCUGGGUUACGAUGCUGCACGCUCAACAGAGGGAUCAGUUCGAGAACUUGGAGAAGCAUACCCAGUGGGGAAUAGACUUUGUGGAGCGCUACACCAAAUUUGUAAAAGAGCGGUCGGAGAUCGAACUCAACUAUGCCAAGCAGAUCAGAAACCUGUCUAAGAAAUACCAGCCGAAGAAGAAUGCCAAGGAGGAGGAAGAGAGCAAGUACACGUGGUGUCGUGCAUUCUUUACAUCCCUGAACGAGCUGAAUGACUACGCCGGUCAGCAUGAGCUCAUCGCCGAGAACAUGACAUCACAAAUCAUCGCUGAGCUCACGCGGUACAUACAGGACCUCAAAUCAGAGAGGAAGACUCAUUUCCAAGAUGGACGGAAAGCCCAGCAGCACAUUGAGAACAGCUGGAAACAGUUGGAACAGUGUAAGCGUAAUUUCGAGAGAGCGUGUAAGGAGGCGGACAGAGCGCAGCAGUAUUUUGAGAAGAUGGACGCUGAUUAUAACGUGACGAAGGCCGACGUGGAGAAGGCGAGGCAGCAGGCUCAGCUGAGACACCAGAUGGCUUCUGACUGUAAGAGCGAGUAUUCCAAUUAUCUGCAAAAAUUUAACCAGGAACAGACCGAGCAUUACCACACACUCAUCCCCAAUAUCUUCCAGAAGAUCCAGGACAUGGAGGAGAGGAGGAUCGAGAGAGUGGGGGAGUCCAUGAAGACCUUUGCAGAGGUUGACAGACAGAUUCUGCCCAUUGUGGGGAAAUGCCUGGAUGGCAUGACAAAAGCGGCCGAGGGUAUCGAGCCCAAGACUGACUCAGCACAGGUAGUGGAAUCAUAUAAAUCAGGCUUCGAGCCCCCGGGCGAUGUUGAGUUUGAAGACUACGGUCAAGCAAUGAAGAGAACGGUGUCAGAAACCAGCCUGACCAAUUCUCGCUCCGAGAGCAAGCCAGACAAAUCCAGCAAGGGGAAAAAACUUUUCUUCUUCAAGAAGAACAAGCUUAUGUCCCUGUUAACGUCCCCUGCACCUCGCCAGCCCCCCCCAGAACCCCCCUCACCUUCUGCUGUGACCCCUGACCCCUCCCCCGCCCCCCAGACCCCCAAACAGCCCAAGGAGGCCCUAUCGCACCGCCUCAACGACCUCAUGACCUCCAAGCCCAAAAUGCACUGCCUCAGGAGCCUGCGCCGUGGGUCUCCACAGUCCCUUCAGUAUCAUAAAGAGCUGAUGAAGAGGACUCUUGGCCGGCCUACUUAUGCUUUCGAGGCCAGGCAAUAUGUCCUCUCUCUCAAGCUGAUCUCGCUCAAUGCCCACGUGCGGAACCUUAUCGAGGGUUCGAAUCCGGAGGACUUCAGUCACCUGCCCCCAGAGCAGCGGAGGAAGAAACUGCAGGCCAAGAUCGACGACAUAAAUAAAGACAUACAGAAAGAGAUGGACCAGAGAGAUGCCUUGGCUAAAAUGAAAGAUGUGUACGUGAAGAACCCCCAGAUGGGAGACCCCAGCAGUGUGGACCCCCGUCUCGCAGAGAUAGCCCAACACAUCGACAAGCUACAGGCUGAACUGCAGAAAUUUGAGGGCUGGUUAGCAGAGGUAGAGGGCAGGAUGCCGACGCGAAGUGAAUCCUCACACAGACAGAGUGCUGUCUUUGAGACACAGAACAGCACACCGCCCGCCAGCAACAGCCAGGACCGGGAAAGCAGUCCGGAUGGCAGCUACACUGAGGAGCAAAGCUCUGAGCUCCAGCCUAAAGCUCCGCCCGAGCCGGAGUUUGACGAGUUUGAGGACGAUAUGCUGCCCACCAUCGGAACCUGCAAAGCGCUGUACCCGUUUGAAGGUCACAAUGAGGGCACUCUGGCGCUGGCUGAAGGGGAGGUGUUGUUUGUGAUUGAGGAGGAUAAAGGCGAUGGAUGGACACGCGUUCGGCGAAACGAGGAAGAGGAGGGUUACGUUCCCUCAUCUUAUGUAGAGGUCUUCCUCGACUCCAACGCCAAAGGUUGCUACCUCUGGGAUUAGGGUUUACGACCCAUUCCUGAGGGAUUCCUAGAACCGUGAGAUGACGACACGGGGCAAGCGAUCAGACGUGGGGGAAAAAAAACACCACUCCUUAAAUAAAAGAGAGAAGUGAAGAUGUUGAUGAUGAGUGCGGAAGAUGAAGAUGAUUAUGAAAAUGAUGGACAAAAAAAAGAGAAGAGGCUUGGCAGUCUGAAUCUGCAUCUGCUGUAGAGAGUGUCUGAACCAUGCAGCCAAUCAGAGAAGAGCAAAAUAAUCCAAUGCAAAUGUUUCGCCCAUUUCUUUAUUUUUUGUUUUGAUUAUUAUUAUUUUUAUUUUUAUUUUUUUUACUAAUUUUGCUUCUUUGCUAUGCACUGAUGCCAAGCUGACUAGCAGCGAUAACUGCACUGCGCUUCUGCCUGUACGUGUGUGUGUGUGUGUUUUCAGUGCCUGUUGGCUUACUCACGUCCAGCACUCUGCCUGCCGCGUCUCCAAGGCAGCCAGUCGUAAAUCUUGGGUGCUUGGGCUACCACAGUAAACCAGCUCUGCUCCCUUGGCUACACUAAGCCCUUGGCAGGCCUCUAUCAAGUCUGCACUUCUGGUAAAGUCAGCAGUGUCACAGUGGAAAAGAGACCUUGAGGGAUCUAUGUAACCUAUCUCAGCUGAGUGUCUGCAAGAUUUUGUUCGCCACUAAUUCUUCACUUGUGCUGUAUCUUAAGGAACACUGAAAAAGAAGAUUCUGCCAAGUCCACAUUGAUGCUGAACUCAUUUAAGGCACCUGUGUGCAUCCUGUUGAACAUUUUAGAGUCUCGCAAGUGCACCAGUUUGCCAUUUUCACACAAUGCAUCUUGGAAUAAUGUUGGUUAAACAUCUUUACAUAAUCUAAUACAUUCUAAUAGAGCGAAACAGUGAAAACACACUCGCAUUUACAGAACAACCAUCACCCACUUCAAUUUCUUAUAUUGUUUACUACACAUACUUACAAAAUCUACAGCCCUCUUUCUGGAGCUUUCUCAUAAGUUCCAAACAGUGAACACACACUCGCAUUUACAGAAAAACCCCACUUUACAGUAUCAUUUUAUUUUAUUAUAAUACAACUGUUGGUGUUGUUUUUGUUUGUUAAACUGUCACACUUUUUUGAUAUUGUGUUUAACCUGCCCUCACCAGCUUAGCAAACCACUCAGAAAUGAGCCAACUUACAGUUCUGUACAGGAGCUACUCAGGUUAGCCACAAUGAGCUAAUUAGCUAGCUAUGCAAAUAUUGCAACAGAUUUUUUUCUGAAACAUAACAUAUUUAAAUAUUAGGAGUAACAGCUUUAUCUGAUAUGAAAAGUUUGGUUUAAACCUGUGGAUCUGUGUGAGUUUCAUUUUGUUGCUAACUAGUUGGGUAGCAUUUGGCAUGGUAACACACAGGAGAGCACAGCAUAAAAGUUAGCAAGCUAACUGAGGGAGGUAAAGUUUAGCAGCAGUCCUGUAUUUUGAAAGAUGGAGAGAAACGCGGUUUUAACAAUAAACAGCUUCAGGAGACUUAAGAAAAUUACAGGCAUAAAUAUUGGGAGUAACUGCUUAAUCUGAUAUUAAAAGUUUGGUUUAAACCUGUGGAGCUGUGUGCGUUUCAUGUUGUUGCUAACUAGUUGUGUAGCAUUUGGCGUGGUAACACACAGGAGAGCACAGUAUUGAAGUUAGCAAGCUAACUGAGGGUAGUAAGGUCUUAGCAGCUUUCCUGUACUAUAAAAAAGGUGAGGAGAAACCCAGUUUAAACAAUAAACAGCUUCAGUAGACUUUCGAAAAUUACAGGCAUAAAUAUUCGGAGUAAUUCCUUAAUCUGAUAUGAAAGGUUUGGUUUAAACCUGUGGAACUGUGUGAGUUUUAUGUUGUUGCUAACUAGCUGUGUAGCAAUUGGCAUGGAACAUGCAGGAGAGCACAGUAUUGAAGUUAGCAAGCUAACUGAGGGAAGUACAGUCAGAGCAGCAGACCUGUAUUUUGAAAAAUGGAGAUAAACACAGUUUAAACAAUGAAAAGCUUUAGUGGUCUUAAGAAAAUUACAGGCAUAAAUAUUGAAAAUAACUGCUUUAUCUGGCUUGGCGUAUACCCUGUAGGUUAUAUUCUUUUGUUGUUGCUAGCUGUGUAGCAUUUGUCUGCUAACAAGGUGAGAGUGAAGGAAUGAUGGUAGAAAGGUAGCUAGCUAACAGAGUUAAUUAAUAUAGUUAGAUUAGCAUUGGAUAUGCUGUCUAGUUUUAUCUUAGUCAUCUAAUAAAGUCAUGCAGACUUCUUCGUGCUAACUAGAAAGCUAGCAGAGUAAAACUAUAUGGAUUUGGAAGUGAUUUGCUGUUAUGUGUAUCAGAUGAGAUUUUGCUAUCUUCAACCUAGUUUGAACAAUGAAGCAAAUUGAAGGAUAAGGUUUUGACGUGAGGAAUGUAAAGGAGUUUUAGUGCAAUGUUUUUUUUUCUAAGACAGUUUAUACAUUUUAAUAUCUAGUGACUGAAAAUAUAGAUAUAUCAGGUGGAUGAUUUCAGGGUAUGUUCUAAAGUGUUCUAAAGGAUGCUAUGCUUGAGCCCCUAAAGUAAUAGGACUGCAAAUUUGUGCAAGAUUGUGCCAGGGAUUAAGGCUAAGUGGAUGAGGGCAUGUUAAAAACAAUAUCUAAACUGGGAUGUGUUCUAAAUGUGUAUAAAAUUCACCCAUACUACUCCUUACCUUUUUGCUAAGUGUCUGUUAGCUCCUAAUGUGGAACAUAUACAGUAUAAUUAAGUGCUGAUAGUGGUCAGCCACUGUCCACUCCCCACUCCUGUCAUUUUCAAUAGAUUUUUUUUGCAAGGAGACCAUCAGGACCAGUUGGAAGAGCAUGAACGUUUCUACUGUACUAGUACUGGAUUCAAUGCUGGGUUAUUACUGUUCUGAAGCAGGGCAAAGUUCUGACCUUGGACACUGCAAACCUGCAAACCUACAUUGGCAUAUGAGAGAGUAGUGUGUCGGGGCUGCUAGAUGUACAGCUCUGGAAAAAAUAAGAAACCACUUUAAAAAAAAUGUGUUGAGUUCAAAAUUAUUUUACCAAAUUGAAAACCUCUGGAAUAUAAUCAAGACGAAGAUAGAUGAUCACAAGCCAUAAAAUCAAGCUGAACUGCUUGAAUUUUCCCACCUGGAGUGGCUUAAAGUUAUCCAAAAGCAGUGUGUAAGACUGGUGGAGGAGAACAUGCCAAGAUGCAUAAAAACUGUGAUUAAAACCAGGGUUAUAUAGAGUCUUAAUUUUUUCCAGAGCUUUAUAUGUCAAAAUAUUGCAACAUACUAAACUAAUCCUAAACUAUCACAGGAAUGGAUUACUAAGGCAUUCACAUAUCGCGAAGUAGCGAUCCCCCCAUCCGUUCCAUGCAGCUCUACAGCUUUUUCAGCUGCUUCUACAGCAUGCAACCACUGUUUCAGUUCAGUCCUUAGUGCGCACUGUAAAUAAUGAUGGCCAUUCGAUGGCUACUUAGUCUUAUCCUGUGGAUUUACUGAGCCCAUUUUGAACUGACUGCCCAGAACACUGCAGGUUUGGAGGAUCCUGAAUGAAUAUUAUAUAUGCAAAUGAGAGCUGGUCUUAUAUCUGUGUUUUUACUCAAGACUCUUGAGUAAAAGUCUAUGUGAAGCGCAAGGUUUGCUUAUGUUACUGAAAAUGGCUAGAGGUUAAUUCCACCAAGUAGAGGAGAAACAUACGGAUUAUCAAAUCAACAUUACAGAUUAUCAAAUCUGUGUACACUGAUUUGCCAAAACUUAUUAAUUAAAUGUUUAACACAAUGUUUCAUAUUGUGCAGGGCCUUCUUAUGAGGUGUCAGCUCUUGACACUUUGAGGAAUGAACUACACAAGUCCUGUUUAAGUGUCCUGUGAUAUCUGGAACACCAAGACAUUGGUAAAAGUUGCUUUUAGGACUGGUAGUUGAUGAAAGUAUACUGAGGCCUUUAGUAAACAGAUCAGUUUUUUCUCCUUCACCUGAUUGGAAUUGGCUUCAUGGAAAGGGUUGAUAAUCUUUUCUGGAGAACAAGACACAACACACUGUGUCCGUGGCUUUUUUUUUUCUGUGAUAUGUAUGUGUGACUGCGGUCAAAUUAUUCAUUGUUUAAGUCGAUCUCGGAGCGCGGUUCAGAGCGGAAUAGGCUUCUUCUGUUUUCUGUCGUUUGUUAUUUGUACGCUAUCUAAACGUACAGAUCUCACGCUGACUAUUCACCCAGAUCUCUACGGCACAUAAUUCAUUUUUUAAGGUUUUGAUUUUAACUUUUUGUGUUACUUUACACUCAUCAUGGGUCAGAGAGAUUUUUUAUGUUGUUUAUUUUUUAUUUUAGCUGUGUUUAUUUUAUGAAGCGAAAUAAUUGAACUGCACCUGAAGUAAGUUCAUUAUAAAAACAACAAAAUCUAAUGAUGAUAACUAAGUGAUAGAUAUUACAAAACCGAGUCUUGCUCUCAUGCCAUCAAAGAACGUCUUACGCCAUCAAAAAACGCUGCCGUGACUGACUGCUGAUCAUUUUUUAUUGUUAAAAUGAGCUGUAAAUAAUAAAAACCUGUAAUAAUGUCUAAUCUGCACACACUCAUGCUAAGAUGCCCAACAAAAACAGAACAGUUCAGUUUUCCCAAUUUUGCUCCACACAAACAAGAGAGACCACAAAUCAUGCAGAUUCAAAUUCAUCUCCUUUGGGCUUUACCACUGGAAACACACACAUCCGUCCUGUCCCCGGCUCUUCAGUGAAGAACAUCACACACCGGGGGGCCUUCUUAGCACCACUAUCACUCCAAAACAGAGACAUAUAAAUAUAUAUAUAAAUAUACAUCUAUAAAUAAGAGUAAACUACAAAACAACCAGAGGAAAAAAAAUCUAUUUUUAAGGUUUUGACUAAUAAAAUGUGUUCUGAGAAUUUCUGUUCUCUGCUCUGCUAAGCAAAUAAACCUUGCUUUGUUUUUGUUUUGUUUUUUGUCAUGUCUCUCUUUUGGUGAUGUCUGCCAAAUGGUGUUUUUGCACUUUUAUUUCAGUCCAUGUUCUGUUUGUUCAGCUUGUGUUUUUCAGAGCACUGAAUACUUCAUAUUGUGUUAACUGUGCCAAUUAAACAUACGCAAGAAAGAAGAAA